AUGGCUCCUCGUGCAGCCUCCCCGGCGCUCUCCGAAAACGAGUUCGACAUUUUCGAUAACCUCGCCGGUUCCGAUAACGAAGAGCAGAACAAUAGCCUGGGCGCGGAUCUUGGGAUUAAUCUGGAUAUUGGCAGCGAUGGGGGUUCUGACGAUGAGGCUUUUAUCGCAGCAAAGCAGGCAGCCUCAAACCGAAAGGCUGCAAACGUCAAGGGCACCGGAAAGAAAGGCGGAGGCUUCCAGGCCAUGGGUCUGAAUGCACUGCUCUUGAAGGCUAUUGCACAGAAGGGGUUCAAGAUGGCAACACCGAUUCAGCGCAAGGCGAUACCACUCUUGUUGCAAGGUGAAGACGUGGUCGGUAUGGCUAGGACAGGAUCUGGAAAGACGGCCGCAUUCGUGAUCCCCAUGAUUGAAAAGCUCAAGACGCAUUCUGCGAAGGUCGGUGCGCGUGGUAUUAUCAUGUCGCCUUCUCGUGAGCUUGCGCUACAGACUUUGAAGGUCGUGAAGGAAUUCGGUCGCGGUACAGACCUGAGGACAAUCUUACUUGUCGGUGGUGACAGUUUAGAAGAGCAGUUCAGUUCCAUGACGACGAAUCCGGACAUCAUCAUCGCCACCCCCGGACGUUUCCUGCAUCUCAAGGUCGAAAUGGGCUUGGACCUCUCCUCCGUUCGAUAUAUCUGCUUUGACGAAGCCGAUCGCUUGUUCGAGAUGGGUUUCGCUGCACAGUUGGCUGAGAUUCUCCAUGCUCUCCCGACAUCCAGGCAGACGCUAUUGUUCAGUGCUACUCUGCCGAAAUCACUCGUGGAAUUUGCGCGAGCGGGUCUGCAAGACCCCAAGCUGAUUCGACUCGACGCCGAGAGCAAGAUCUCGCCAGACCUCAAAAGUGCAUACUUCACAAUAAAAUCUGGAGAUCGAGACGGAGCACUGCUAUAUCUGCUAGAGCAGGUUAUCAAGGUGCCAACAGGAGAAACCGAAGCCGCGAAGGCACGGAAGGAGGAAGCCAACUUGAGUGUUGGCGCAAAGCGCAAGCGCAAACAUUUCACUGCAAAAGACGCUGCGGCGGCCGAGUCAACCAUCAUCUUCGCUGCUACCAAACACCGAGUCGAGUACCUGUCAGAACUCUUGCGGUCUCUCGGUUAUCCGGUUUCUUACUUGUACGGUAAUCUUGACCAAACAGCUCGCAAAGCUCACGUUGAGGAGUUCCGUUCUGGCCUCACUCGGAUUCUCGUAGUUACCGAUGUCGCAGCUCGCGGUGUUGAUAUGCCUCAUAUCAACCACGUCAUCAAUUAUGAUUUCCCGUCGCAGCCGAAGAUCUGCGUGCACAGAGUGGGACGAACUGCUCGCGCCGGGCGGAAGGGCUGGGCGUACAGUCUUUGUAGACACGUCGAUCUCCCGUAUCUAUUGGACCUACAGCUUUUCCUCGGCCAACGGCUACUCGUCGGCCGAUCCGACGAAGAAGCAAACUUUGCCGAAGACUUUGUUGUCGGUAGUCUUGCCCCUUACCAGCUGGAGGCCUCAGUUGAGGUUGUGAACAAGCAGCUCGCCGACGAUGAGGACUUGGCGCUGCUUCAGAGUGUCGCCGAUAAGGGUGAGCGACAGUACCAAAGAACGCGAAAUCAAGCUAGCGGACCAAGUGUUCACCGAACCAAAGAGCUUGUCGCAAACCCUCGUUUUGCGGAUACGCACGUCCUAUUCAAGGACGAGGUUCAUGACGCGCUGCAGGAAAAGGAGAAGAUGUUGCAAAGGAUCCAGGGUUUCAGACCAGCGGAAACCGUCUUCGAGAUUGGAAGACGUGGAACGCAAAGCGAGACUGCUGAGAUCAUGCGCAGAAGAAGAGUGCAGGUUGAAAGACAACAGGAGAAGCAGAGAGCGAACGCACAGGCUAACAAUGCACCUGUUGCGAGCCUUGCAGCCCCUGGCGAGUCUGACAAGAUGGACGUCGGUUCAGACGAUGAUGAUGUGCCAGCUGACACUGGUGCAUACGACUCUGACUCUGACGAACUCGAGGUUUCGGUCUCUAUGCCUUCGUCUAAGAAGCCCCAGAACGACGACUUCCGCGAGGGCGAGUUCUUCAUGUCCUAUCUGCCCAAGGAGAACUACGCAGAAGAGAAGGCUUACGGUGUGAGCGGCGGAGACGCUGGCAACAACUUCGUUUCCGCUGCACGAGCAGCAGAGAUGUCACUUGUCAACGAUGAGAUCCAGGGCUUCGCCGACGCGAGCAAAGCACGUAUGAGAUGGGACAAGAAGUCCAAGAAGUACGUUGCUCGCGCCAACGACGAAGACGGCUCCAAGGGCGCGAAGAUGAUCCGCGGUGAAAGUGGUCAGAAGAUUGCUGCCAGUUUCCGCAGUGGACGUUUCGACGACUGGCGCAAGGCCAACAAGAUGGGCCGCAUGCCGCGUGUUGGUGAACAAGAGGCCGCAGGCCGCGCGCCCGGCAAGACUCAGCACUACAAGCACAAGUCCGACAAAGCACCCAAGGAAGCAGACAAAUAUCGCGACGACUACGAGGUGCAGAAGAAGAGGGUCGACGAGGCCAAGGAGAAGCGCGUCGGUAAGUUCAAGGAUGGCACCGGCAAGAGCGAACUCAAGGACGUCAACGCGGUGCAAAAGCAGCGCAAGCUCCAGGAGCAGCGCCAGAAGAAAAACGCCAGGCCGACGAAGAAGCGGAAGUUUUGA